CGACUUUCGAUGGCGCUAACUUAUGGUCGUGCGACUGGCUGGAGAGAAAGUUAACUGUAGUGCGUGCCCGUUACCGCGAGCCGCGCCGCCGCAGUCAGUCCGCGCCGGCCUGCCUCGCGCCUCACUGCACCACCGCCGCGCGCGCCGGCCGAGCUAGCUUUAUCUCACGAGCCCGCAAAAACAUAACAGAAAGUGACAGUGAUCAACAAAAAAGUUUAUCCAGAAAGUCGUGAAUACAGUGUGUGUAGUGACUGGGGCCCAUGCGACCUGUGUGAGAGGUCACGGUGUGAGAGUGCAACGGCCGGAACAAAGGAUCAUUGCUAUGACGUUCUCUGGAAAUAUGAAGGAGAGUAAACCGCGACCCGGGAAAGACGCAUGGGAGUCGGAGCUGGAAUAUGGAUGGUCACGGAAUGGCAACCAGCGAUGUGUGCGACACCGUGCGCCGGAGUCGACGAUGUCAGUGAGCAGUGACAUUAGAUUCACACGGCGCAAGCUGAGCCGGCCCUGCCGCGGCUGCUGUGCUGCGCUUGCGUCGCUACUCGUGCUAUUGCUGCUCGCUGCAGUUGCAGUAUACCUUGGACACAUGUACCUGUUUGGCGAUCCCCUUAACCGGCAAACGUUCCGGGGCUCGUUCGUCGUAAGCUCGUGGGGAGUCAGCGAGGGCGAGAAGGGCAACGACCUUGAAUCCAGAGCCAACAGGACACGUGAAAAUGAACUGCAACAGGCGUUAUACAACUUGUAUUCAAAUUCCGAAUUGAAGUCGUGUUUUGUUUCUGCUGACAUACUGGCUUUGGACAGUUCGGAGGAUGGUAUGCGUGUACACUUCGAGGUAUCAUUCGAGCCGAUCUUCACCGCAGUAAGCACAGCCGAGGUGACAGCAGUAUUGGCUCGGGAACUCACGGAGCCGACUGCAUACUUCAACAAAAUAACCACGCUGCCAGAGACACUACAUAUCGAGGAGAGUUCAGUGAUUUCAUCAUUGGAGUUAAAAGAGACAGAGACAACACCUAUAGAAGCCCCCACGACUGAAGCAGUCACUCCUGAUGCCGUGGAGGAAGUCAGAGAGUGUUCGGCGGUGACGUUACCAUUAUGCUCACACCUGCCGUACAACAGCACGUCGUACCCUAACCUGGUGGGCCACACGUCGAAAGACGCACUGAUGCGAGACCUCGUGGCAUUCAGGGAACUUCUUGAUGCUGAAUGUUCACAUCUAGCACAGGACUUUGUAUGUCAAAUGCUUCAACCUCGGUGUUCGGAGGACCACUUAGUCCGACCGUGUCGAGCAUACUGUCGUGCCUUCCACGCUGGCUGUGGCGCACGUCUACCAGACCGACUACGACCACACUUCGACUGCGCACGAUUCCCCGACUACUUUGGUAAAGGAUCCUGCUCUCCAGAACCUGAAUGUUCUAGGGGCUUACAAAGACUAGCGCUGUCUCGCAGGGAGUGCGAUGGAAUUCCUGACUGUGCUGGUGCAGAGGACGAGCGUAGUUGUGCACACUGCUCCGGAGCAGGCGAGGGAGGCCUGCGCUGCGCUCUGCACACUCGCUGCCUGCCCGCGCACCUGCGGUGUGACGGCACGCCGGACUGCCCAGAUGGAAGUGAUGAAGCUGGAUGCUUGUGGAUUGCUCGUUCCCUGUCAUCUUGGCGACGUGAGAACAGUGAAACUACUCUAGGUGCCGUACGUAGCCGUAGCGGCUACGCAGUGUGGGCGGAGGGCGGUCGCGACGGCAAGAUCUGCGCGGCGCCCUACGAGCACGACAAGCGCGCGCUCACCAGCGUCGCUGCUUCUCUUUGUAAAGCGCUUACUUUCAAGGCUGCAUUUAGCGCAGAAGUAGUGCCAGACGCUGAAGAGGUUGACGAGGAUGACUCAGAUUCAAAGAAAGAUCAGCCAAAUUACGUUGAAAUAGUAGACCCAUUCGCUCCAGAAAUAUCGUUCCUGAAAAGCGAUUGUCCCGAAAGAAAAGUUAUAAAGGUCAUUUGUGAUCAUUUGGAAUGUGGCAUAACAUCGGCUCGGGGUGCUGCGUCUGCGGGUGUGGAUGGACUCCCGCGCUCCGCCCGGCCCGGCGACUGGCCGUGGCACGCUGCACUACUGCGGACACACGUGCACGCCUGUGACGCUGCACUUAUACACCCUUCUUGGCUCAUCACCACUGCUUCUUGCUUCCAAGGACAACCGAAAGCUGAAUGGACUGCCAGGUUUGGCACCGUACGUAUUCAAAGCACGACACCCUGGCAACAGGAGAGGCGGAUAGUUGGCAUGGUCCGAUCUCCUGUAGAGGGCAGCAUGUUGGCACUUGUACGACUGGAGGAACCAGUGGAGAUGACCGACUUCGUGAGACCUAUAUGUCUACCUGAGAAUGGUGUAGAAACCGCGUCACCUAAUGUUUGCAACACGCUUGGAUGGUCCAGAAAUAAAGAUCAGCUGCAAAGAGUUCAUGUGGUGGCUAGUCCCAUGAACUCCUGCGAAAAUAUGAGCAUCGCCACUGCAAAUGGGAUAUGCGCUGAACCAUUGUAUGAUCAAGAUGAUUGUGACGAGGAGGAAUACGCAGGAAGUUCAAUGAUGUGCUUUAAUGAUAAAACAAAACAAUGGUCCUUGAAUGGUGUCAGUGGAUGGCGCAUUGCCUGCUCGAAAAUUGGGCUGGGCAGGCCUCGGAUAUACGACUCCAUCGUAUCUCACGUCGACUGGAUUCGAAGAACUAUCUCGAAUUCAGCGAGAUGACCUAAUUAAUUGUAAUCUCAUACAUUUGUAAAAAGACUGCAUUUCAUGCUUUGGCUGUAUAAUUGAGAUACACCUUAAAAUUUAUUGUAGAAAAGAUACUAUCAGAAAUGUGUUUAUAAGUUAAUAUUAAGAUUCAAUGUGAAGGAUUCUACAACACAAAACUACAAGUUUGUUAAAUGAAUAAUUAAUGUGAUAAAAUUGCACAUCACCAUUCUAUACAAAUUACCCACAAUACUCAAAAAACUGAGACCAAUAUCAUUUAUUUUCUAGGUGUAAUUUUAUAUGUAACAAAGUUAAGUUGUUAAUAGGUAUAUUUUUAUAAGAAAACUGUUUUUUAUCUUAUAUUUAUAAAAAUGACUUAAUAAGUGCCUAUUUAGUAGUUAUAAAAAUUAAGAUAACUUAUUAAAUUAAAGUUUAUUGUUAAAUAAAAGUACCUAUUGUAAAUAUUAUUAUAAGAGUGGAACCAAAAUUUAUAGCUAAGCUGUAUUAUUUCACAAAUAAUUAUGAUUGUUUUAUUUAA